CAAAGCAAUUUUGGUAACAUAUCGAGUAUUUAUAUGGUCUUGGGGUAAUAAAAUUCAACAUAAACUCUCACACUCAAAGCCGCUUGAUUGCUCUAAAGAAGACUCGCCAUUAAUGGAAGCCAAAGAAUUUAUCGAGCUCUUUGAUUCCUGCUGGUUUGAGAUGGAAAUUCUCAAGAAUCAAUCACGUUUAUUGAAAUCAUCAGAUGCUGAUGCCAACCCAGUUCACCAAAAUCAGGAAGAAGCAUCAAAACCAGAGCUUUACAGAGUGCCAACGAUUAUUUCAAGGUCCAUGAGUGAUCAGUUGUGGCCCAAAGCAAGCUUCGGCUCUGGUUUAUCUCUCUCUCCGGACUCAGUCCUCCCCACGCCAAAGCUCCAAACAAUCCUUUCAGACAAGGUGAUAGAAGAAGGGGGAAUACAAACACAGAGACCAUUUGUACAAGAAUCGCAUACGAGGAAGACGAGAAGCAGGAGAAGAGAGAAGAGAACGUUGAGCAAGAGUUUGUCAGAAUUGGAAUUUGAAGAGCUAAAAGGGUUUAUGGAUUUGGGUUUUAUGUUUUCUGAGGAAGACAAGGAUUCGAGUUUAGUUUCGAUAGUUCCAGGGUUGCAACGACUUGGAAAAAAAGAUGGCGAAGAAGAGAGUGGCGGUGUUGAUGAAGCUAAAGUUUCAAGGCCAUAUCUUUCAGAAGCAUGGCAUGGUUUGGAGAGGAGAAAGAAAGAGGAUGCGCUGAUGAAUUGGAGAUUGCCUGCUUUGAGUAAUGAGAUAGACAUGAAAGAUAAUCUUAAAUCGUGGGCUCAUACUGUUGCAUCUACUGUUAGAUAACAUAAGAUUUCAGAUUCAAAGAUUUACAGUUCUGAUCUCUUCUGCAAGCCUACCACUUUUCUCAUUUCACUUGUUUUCGGAUUAAUUCAUGGCUGAUAUGGGAUGUAAUUGACCUGUUUCUCCAGAAAUAUUUUGAGCAGUAGUUUGAAGAGUUCAAUACGAAAAGAAAAGCAGAAAGUUAAUCAUUUAGAUUUUGUCUACGAAACAAUUGAUGGAAGUGGUGGUUUGGUUUGAUGAUGAGAUUUUUUUUUUCUUUUUUUCUUUUGCUUUAUUCUAAUUGUAGUUUUGCAGGUAGAUUUUACGCUUGUUCAACUGUUUGGAUGGUUUGGUUUCAGUUUUUAGACCCUGAUGGUUUGGUUCUUGGUUCUUCCACCCUCCCUUGCAAAGGCCAAUGGACAGUGGUGGAGGGAUGGGGCCAAAGGGAUCCCCCUUCCCGACCCGUUUCAGACUUCAUCAAAGGAAAAUUACUACUGAAAUGGAUCAACAAUCGAUAUAUAUUAUAGCUUUCUUAAUAAAGAGA